AUGUCCACCAUUCCGAAUAAUAGAGAUGAUAUUGUAUUAAUCGACUCGGAAUCUGAACGCGAGAAUGAUCCUCCAAGAAUGUCAGAAGAAGACGCUCCACCUAGGAAAAAAUUCAAGAAAUCUCAAAAUAAUGAUGCUCCCCUAGUUAAGCCAUUUAUGAAUAGUACAUCAGAAGACAGUGAUAAUAAUGUGAGCAGCUCUGAUAGUCUGAGCGCUAAUAAAAGUGCAGAGAGUACAUAUAGUCAGAGCAGUGAUGAUAGCUCUGGUAGUGAAAGUAGUCUGAGUGGUCUGAGUGAUGGUAAUUCAGAAAGCGGUUAUGUUCACUCUCUUGCAUCGGACCCAAGGGUAUCCUCGAGAAAAGUCGAAAAUGAAAUGGACGGUGAAUCACAAGGAAUACCUAGUGAUUUGGGGGAUAUUUCUACAGGAUCGAGUUCGAGUGAUUUGAAUGCGAUUUCCACACAUGAAGUUCCAACAGGAAAAGGGGAAGAUAAUGAAGCUACCAGAAGAGUGAUUUCCGAGACAAGAAAGUAUCUCAAACAACACGGGACUAUGGAAUUUCUUGAUAAAUAUUUACCCACUACGGCAUCGAGCCUGGACUUGCUACAGUUGAUAAAGAAGUUGGGAUUUUUCCCGAAGGACAUCCCUUCUUUCAAUGAUGGAGACAAAUUAAUUGGACUUAUAAAGCUAUUGCAUACAGCCAUGAAAAGAGUGAAUUCCAUGAGAUCCAAAUUAGAUGACUUUUAUAGUGUAGAACAUGUGGUUGACAAAAUAAAAAAGGCGGAAAAGAUAUUGGUGGUCACUGGGGCGGGUAUUUCAACCAGCUUAGGUAUUCCUGACUUUAGAUCCUCGAAGGGGUUUUACUCUCAGUUACAAUAUCUAGGAUUGUCGGAUCCUCAAGAAGUUUUUGAUUUAGACUUUUUUCACAGUGAUCCUAAUAUCUUUUACCUGAUUGCGUAUAUGAUUUUACCACCUGAAAAGUCUUACACGCCAUUGCAUUCAUUCAUCAAGCUUUUGCAAAACAAAGGAAAAUUACUAAGAAACUAUACUCAAAACAUUGAUAACUUGGAAAGCAAUGUGGGUAUUAAACCAGAGAAAUUAAUUCAAUGCCAUGGCUCAUUUGCUACAGCAUCGUGUGUCACUUGUAAGUAUCAAGUUAAGGGAGAGAAAAUCUUUCCAAAAAUAAGGUUGAAGGAAAUACCGUAUUGUCCUAAGUGUAUGAAAGCCAGAAAAAUAUUGCUUAACAAAGAGGACGCAUAUGUACCUGAAAGUUACGGAGUUAUGAAGCCUGAUAUCACUUUUUUUGGUGAGCCUUUACCAACAAGAUUUCACAACAUGAUAAGACAAGACUUGAUGGAAUGUGACUUGUUAAUUAGUAUUGGUACUUCUUUGAAAGUCUCGCCAGUGGCUGAUAUUGUCGAAAGAAUCCCAGAACACGUACCACAAGUAUUAAUUAAUAAAGAUCCUAUUGACCAUUGCAAUUUUGACGUCAGUAUUCUAGGUUAUUGUGAUGAUGCUGCUAAUUUUCUAUGUGAACGUUUGGGCAAGGGUUGGAAUCUCAAUCACCCAGAAGGCGAAGCGGCCUAUAAUAAGCUGGCAUUUCAACUCAUGCCUAUCAAUGAAAAUGAAGGGCAUUAUUCGCUAGUCAAUCUACAUCAAGGUUAG